AUGUUGAUGAAGAACGCGGUAGCGGCCCUGAUGGGUUUGGCCAUGGUUGCCGAGGCGGCAUCAGUUCACCAGUACGGAACCCCGACAAGGACUGUAGGAAGACGGCAGUUUGGCAAGAAGAACAACUUCGGAAACCGCUUCGGUAAUGGUCAGUUUGGUGGUGGCCAGAACGGCCAGAACAACAACAACAACAACAAUGGCCAGAACAACAAUGGCCAGAACAACAAUGGCCAGAACAACAAUGGCCAGAAUAACAACAACAAUAACAACAACAACAACAACGGGGGGAACAACAACCAGGCGUCGGAGACUUGUCUGGCUGCGGCUGCUCUCCAGACUGGUUCUCAGUCUACCGGCCAGAACGGUGCCCAGGCUGCAGAUGGUCAGGUCAACUCUGCUACUGACAAUGCCAACUUCAUCAACUUCUGCCAGGGCAAAACAUUGACCAACGGUCUGCAAAACCGGGAUGGCUCCUGCAACGGUAUCCCAAUGGGUGAAAUCCCCUCCGCCAACCGCAUGGUCUCGACUGUCAUUCUCAACCCCAAGAACGGCGAUGAUCUCGAGCCGCUCACGACCUUCCAGAUUCAGGUCAAUGUCGCCAACAUGCAGCUCGGCGCCUUCACCAAUGCCACCAGCACCUACUACUCGGCUCCCCAGACCCUCAACGGAGGCGGCCAGAUCAUUGGUCACACUCACGUCACUGUUCAGGACACUGGCAACACCUUGAACCCCACCCAGCCCCUGGAUGCCACUGUCUUUGCCUUCUUCAAGGGUAUCAACGAUGCUGGUAACGGCAACGGUCAGCUCGCCGCUGAAGUCACUGGUGGUCUCCCUACUGGCUGCUACCGUGUCUGCACCAUGUCCAGUGCUUCCAACCAUCAGCCCGUUCUGAUGCCCGUUGCCCAGCGUGGUUCCCAAGAGGACUGCCGCUACUUCUCUGUUGGUGGUGCUUGCGCCAACAACAACAACAACAACAACGGCGGUGGCAACAACAACAACAACAACAACAACAACAACAACGGUGGCAAUAACAACAACAACAACAACAAUGGCGGUGACCAGGGCCAGAACAACCAGGGCCAGAACCAGGGCAACCAGGGGCAGGGUAAUCAGGGGCAGCAGAACAACCAGGGCAACCAAGGGCGCCGGAAAUCAGGCGGGCGGAGGUUCGGGGGCCGGAAACAACGGCAACGGCAAUAA